CAAAGAAACAACUUGAUUUACAUUACUUCUGAAAAAAAGAAAAAAAAAAAACCUGAGAUUAAUCAAUAAUCAUCUUAAUGAUUCUCUUCAAUCUCUUCAUGACCCUUGUGUUGAUUUUCAUGCGAUUCUUGAUUUGUGCAACCAGUGCAGCAGCCCUUACUUACAGCGUCCACUUUUGCUCAAAUACAACUAUUUUCACCCCCAAUAGCACUUACCAGGUCAAUCUCGACUCCGUCCUCUCUGCUCUUUCCUCCAACGCCACAAGCAGCAACGGGUUCUACAACUCUGCUGCUGGCAGAGAACCUCCUGAUGUUGUGUACGGCCUCUUUCUCUGCCGUGGCGACAUCCCUUCAGUUACCUGUCGAGAAUGCGUCGAUACAGCGGCCAAAGAGAUAAUCCGUCGUUGUCCCAGAGAAAAGGAAUCUUAUAUUUGGUAUGAAGAAUGUUUAUUACGUUAUAAUAACCAGUCUAUUUUCUCCAUCAUCAGAGAAGUGCCCAGCUUUGACCUGCCUGAUCCAGAGAACGUUACGGAACCUGAACGCUUCAAUCAGUUGUUAGCCAGUACAAUGAACAGUUUAGCUUCAAAAGCAGCAUCACAAUCUUUUAAAAAGUUUGCAACUGAUGAAGAAAAUUUUACUAGUUCUCAAACACUUUACAGUCUAGUGCAGUGCACGCCAGAUCUUUCCGAGUACCUUUGCAAUAGAUGUUUUCAAUCUGCAAUAGCUGCUCUUCCCAUGUGCUGCACUGGGAAACGAGGUGGAAAGGUUCUGCUUCCAAGCUGUAUUAUUAGAUAUGAACUGUUUCCCUUCUACAGAAUCAAUACUACCAUUCCAGCACCCUCACCGUCAACAACAAAAGAUAAAGGAAAAAGUAGGAUACCAACACAGUUAAUUGCAGCCAUUAUUGCUCCUGUAGUUAUAUCCUUAGUGCUACUGGCCCUGGGCAUUUGUUUUCUAAGAAGGAGAGCAAUGAAGAAAUACAAUGCAUUGGAAGAACAAAAUGUUGGGGAUGAAAUUACAAAUAUAAACUCCUUGCAAUUUGAUUUGGCCACAAUUCGGUAUGCCACAAACAACUUCUCUGAUGACAAGAAGAUAGGUGAAGGUGGAUUUGGUGCAGUGUACAAGGGUAAACUGUAUAAUGGGCAAGAAAUAGCCGUGAAGAGGCUAUCAAGGAACUCUGGGCAAGGUGCAACAGAAUUUAAGAAUGAGGUUAUGUUGGUAGCUAAGCUUCAGCACAAAAAUCUGGUGCAGCUGCUGGGAUUUUGCCUAGAUAGACAAGAGAAGAUCCUUGUAUAUGAAUAUGUGGCUAAUGGAAGCCUUGACUACUUUCUAUUUGACACUGAAAAACAAGGACAACUGAAUUGGCCAACACGGUAUAAGAUUAUCGAAGGCAUUGCUCGGGGUCUGCUUUACCUUCAAGAAGACUCGAGGCUAAGAAUUAUCCAUCGUGAUCUCAAAGCUAGCAACAUUUUGUUAGAUGAGGAUAUGAAUGCGAAGAUAUCAGAUUUUGGCAUGGCAAGAAUUUUUGGAGCAGAUCAAACGCAAGCAAAUACAAGAAGAGUUGUUGGUACCUUUGGAUACAUGGCUCCGGAGUAUGCAAUGCAUGGACAUUACUCUGUGAAGUCUGAUGUAUACAGUUUUGGAGUCUUAAUUCUCGAGAUAAAAAGCGGCAAAAAGAACAGUUCUUUUUGCCAAGCAGAUGGAGCUGAGGACCUCUUGAGCUAUGCAUGGAAACAUUGGUGCGAAGAGACAACGCUGCAAUUUAUGGAUCCAGUUCUGAGAAAUUCGUACAAAAGAAACGAGAUAACUAAAUGCAUCCAUAUUGGAUUAUUGUGUGUUCAAGAAAAUCCAGGAGGUAGACCUACCAUGAAAUCAAUUAUUAUAAUGCACAGCAGUUCCUCCAUUGUUUUGCCACUGCCAGAACAACCUGGACUUUUUCUCCACAGUGGAACAGAGAUGAAAACACAAUCAGAGGAACUGGACUCUGUUCAAUCAAUCCAAUUAUCUGCCAAUGAAAUGUCUGUUACUGAAAUAUACCCUCGUUAGAGCAUAGGUUUCUACGAUGGGGUUGUGUAGAAUAAUAUUAAUAUUAUAUUUUUUUUCUUUUUUUUUUAAAAGUUUUAAAUGUAUGUUAAUAGUUAUCCAACAUAUUGCUGCUGUAUUUUUGUUCUCUUGAUGGAUAGUUAUAAAAAAGAUACAAAACGAUAUCUAAAUUAAUAUAAAAAUCAGAUAAAAUC